AUGAACUUUGAAAAGUACAAUUAAGUUUAUUAGCCCUAACUUGCCGACAGAAAUUUGCACUACGUCAAGCAGUCUACGCAGUAAAAGUAUAACCUUGAUACCAAUCAGCAAUAGCAAAAACAAGAAGAUCAAACUUCAUAGUCUUCUAAAUCCAGAACAAAAAUAAUUUAAUAGAAUUUAUCGCCAGAUAAGCCUCCUCUUGCUUUAGGUGCAACUCAAACUCUUCAUAAAGAAUAAUAAAUGACACUAUAACGAUUAUUAUCAGAAGAGUCAUCAAAAGAAAGGAUGGAGAGGUAAAAUUCGUAGUUGAAAGAAAGUAUUAAAAUUGGUUUUCAGGAAAAUCUAAAUAAACGGCAGCCAUUAAAUUUAAUAGCAAGAUAGGGUGGAUCUAAUUAACUUAAUAAAGCUGCCAUUUUCAAACAAGAUAAAGAAAUUGCAUAUUUUGCCAGCAAAAUAAUUUUUAACAUUCUGCAAGUGCAAACGCUAGUGGGAAUCAAGCAAGUAGUAGUCACUGUUUGUCCCAUAAUGAUCACCUUAAGACUUUGGCACAUUGUAUCUGUGUUCAAGGAUUACCUAAUAUUUGAUGACUUUUCAGAGUAUCUUAAAAGAUUCUACAGAUUGUAUGAAGUUGUUGAAAGACUACCCAGAGUAUUUGAGUUUUACGAAAAAUAUUCAAAAGUUUUUCCAAAUUAUGUCGUUUUACCUGAAAACAAAUACAUGUUUAAAAAUAUAGAAAGGAAACAAAAAUUAAUUGACGAAAAGCACUAAAUAUUUCUUGAGCGCUAAGAAUAACAUAAAAGAGAGAUAGAAGAAGCAAAUACUUUAGGAUUAGCAAUUAAUUCUUCAUUCAUUCAAAGAAUGAGAUUAUCUAAGAAUCAAAUAUUCGGUUCAUAGUUUAUGAAUAACUUAACAGACAUGGAAUAAAGCGAAUCAUUGCUAAGGUAAUAGAGCUCUAAGAUUCUAGAUAUGAUGUAAAUAUAGCACAAUAUUCCAACAGGCAAUAAGAUGAUGAAUCAGUUUAUAAAGCAAACCUAAAACUAGAGCAGAAAUAAGGAAGUCCUUAACUUCGAAAAUCUAAUCAACCGAUUAAUUUAGUUUGAUAAGAUCGAAGACAAUUCAAGAAAUAUUAAUUGGCCAAAUGAGCCUGCAGCUUUUGACAAAUUCGAUCUCAAUGAUAUCAAUCUUAGUAUGAGUUCAAAUGCACUUAGUUCAUUUCUACAUGAUUUUGAUAUAACGAAGGCAUAGAAUCAGCAAACUUUAAAGCCUACUGGGGAAAAUGAGUCAUUUUUCUGCGCUGAUACCCCAAUAAAUAGAAGUUUAACUGUUGUAGAGGUUUCAAAAACCAUGAAUUAAAUGGGGGUUUAAAAGCCAAAUCAAAAUAAGAUCUUUAAAAAUCCGAAUAAUAAUCGAGAUAAAAUAUCCGUUAAAGUUGAUCUUGAAAAGACUGGAAGAAUAAUUGUUUCAUUCAACCAAAAGCUUAAUUAAUAGCAUAUCAUUCAACAGAAUUCUUCAAUGAAUUCAUCAAAGAUCAUGUCUUAAAAUAAUAAUAACAAUGCCUAUCAAAUGAUUGAUCCUAAGACUUAAUAACUAAAUAGAAAAUCGCAAACAUCUCAAUAAUCAGGCCAAUCAACUAAGAAAAGUCAAUAGACAAGCUAGUAAUAGCCUUAAAUACAGAAAUAAUAAGUUAUCUAAGUGGUUCAUACAUAGCCAGUACAGAAAAAGCAAAUUUCAAUUGGAAAUUAGAUAUCUAUUUCUACUGGUUAACUUCAAUUAUCGCCUUCGCCCUAGUUUGAUUAGGUUUUAGGCCUUAAAGAUAAAAGACUUUAAGACACUAUUUAGAUAUAGCAGAUGAGUAGCUCAAGUCUUAGAAGUGGUUAAUCAUAGCUCAAUCAACUCGCUAAUGGAGGUAGGACUAGUUAGAUCUCGCUUGGAAGUAGCAAUAAGAAUACUGUUUUGUCAACCUAGACUCAAUAAAAUACAUAGUCAUAAGGUCUCAACUAUAUCUAACAGAAGUAAAUGCAGCUCUCUUAAAAAUAAAUACCUUCAUCCUAAUAAAUGCCUAUUUCGCUUAAGUAAAUGACUUUAGUAAAGAAUCAAAGAAAUAUGCCCCUAGAUUAGCUUCUUGGGUCAAGUGGGAAUCCUGGAUCAUAAAAUAGCCAGAAAAAGAGCACUAAAUUCCUGUCCUAAUAAAAUUAGAAUAUAGCAUCAUCUAAAAUGUAGUAGAGUAACAAUACUAGUCUCUCAUCUGUACCUAAAAUUGAAACCUAAAGCUUUGUGCAGAAAUGUGGUUAAUCACCUUAAAGAUCUUCUCCAUAGAUAGACUUUGCUAAUCCUGGUAAAAUAUAAAGUCAUCAUGAGUAAUCAAGUUUCUCUAAGUAAAGUAAUAAUAAAAAGAUCUAGUUAGAGCCUUAUAAUAGAGAGGAAAACUCAAAGAGUUUCAAGAUCCAAACUAACACAGCAGCUUAAUUAGGGCAUAUUUAAACUAAUGAAGCUGUUUCGCCCUAAAUGAUUUCAUAGAGUAUUAGAGAUGCUGUUAAUAAAUUAUUGCCACCUUAACCGUAGAGUUCUAAGGUCAGUAAGUAAAAAACUGAGAAACUAGAAGAGAUUCUUAAUUAAAGUAGUAAAGUUUAAGGGGUGAAGAUGUCAGCUAAUGCACUAUUGAAUAAACUUUUCACCUAAUCGUAAUAAUUGCAAAAGUAGCCCAAAUAAGUUUAUACUCCUCAGGCAUCGAAUUCAAAUCAAUUUAACUUCCCAGGACCUUUAAAAGGUGUUAGUGAUGAUAAUGCCACUACAAAGAUUGUUUAUUCAACAAGAAGUCCUCACAAGAAGAAUUUUUCUUCGCCAAGUGAAAAUCAGAAUAACGUUAGCAAGAUUAAAAAACAGGAAAACCCUAAGAAAUCAAGUACAGCUCUUAACUAAAGAGAUAGAGAGGUUAGAGAAGAAAAUUUUGGCUAUAGAGAUGAUUAAGUUAGAAAGAGCGCAAAUCAGAUUCCUAACACAAAUUUUGUACAAUUUGCAAAAUUAGAACCCCAAAAUACAUUUUCUAAUGCUAGUGGUAUGUAACUCUCUUAUGAAAUAGGCUCAGUUUCUUAGUUAGCUGAAAGGGUUUAAAAACUAACUCCUCAAAGCCAGACUACAUAAAAGAAAAUAAUUAAGAAAGCCAAAGAUUUUAAUCUUAUUGAUAAUCAGAUGUCUCCAACCAGCUAAUUUGGAAACCCAGAGUUUAACAGAACUGUGUAGAAUAUGAUUGGAUAAGGCUUCAAUUCGAGAAUUUAAGCCUAAAGUAAUCCGGGAUCAAGAUCUUUGGAUAAGAGAGAAAGAGCUGGAAGUGAAAAAGUCGGUGAUAAGUUCCAAUCUAAUCCUUAGAGUCUCUAAAUUAUACCUGAAAAUAUUUACAGCAUCAAGGGCUCUAUUACAGUUAACAACAGUGGGAAUUAAAGAAGAAGCGGAAACAAUAGCGGAUAUGAGACAUCUAUGGGUAUCGUGACUAAGCAGCAGUCAUAAAACAAAAAGAGAAAUCAGAGUAAUCAUAGUUCUAAGAGUGGAGCUAGUUAGAAAAGUAAUUUAAGUAAUGCUUCAGGAAUGAGCAAUCCUUAUAAUAAACUAGCAACUAGUGCAACUUCAGUAACAAUUAAGAAAAAGGUGACUGCCAAGAAUCAUGUAGUUAACUUAGCCGGUGACUCUGCAAACAUUCUGACUGUUAAUCUGAGCACUAAAGAAAACAAAUCGAAUUAGCUGUACGAGAAGAUAAAGAAUGCUAAUACUAAUAAGAAAAAGUUAGCAACUAUUUUUGCAUUUAAUAAAUGA